CGCUUAAUGCACGAUUGCAUUAGUAUUUUUCGGUAGCGUGCGUGCGUGUGUGAUUCUAGUGGCCGUAGAGUGGUGUAGUGCAUGCAUGCAAACGCGAAGAUGCAUCUCUCUAGCGAUGUCUCGAACGCGCUCAAGCACAUCGAAAUCAUCAAGCAGACGGUCGAAGAGAUGGAGCCCAACAAGCUGCAGCUCAAUGUAAGCGACGACCUGAAGCUGGUGCUUGAUCUGCUGCAGGAUCCGGUAUUUCGUAACAUCGUCCAGAUCCAGGAUUCGUUGGCCGAGCUGAAUCAUCAGAUCACGCAGCACCCAUCGAUACUGCCAGGAGACUUUGACAUUGCGAACAGUGGCGAACUGGUGCUAAGUGUCCCACCCGGGACGGAUCUGUUCGAGGCGGACUAUCAGGAUGAGCAGCGUGUCCCAUCCGCCCAGAUUUCUCCCGGAAGUCCCGGUCCGGGGGGUAUGCUGGUGGUGACGCAGCCAAAGCUGAAUCAGUUCGACCAUUCGCAGCUGGCCGGGGCCGGGGUUGGUGGAUCGAUGGGACAGGCAGCAGUAACCCUACAACAACAGCCCCUGGAUGCGCAACAGUUAUUGAAUGUCUCGAUGAAGCUGAACAACGAACCGUCGCUGUUCGAGGUGCCUUCGAUUGUUCAAGAUCACCAUCACAAACUUCAUCCGGAGCAAACCGAUCAGCAUCCUCUCGGAGGACCGUUUGCCGACUCACCGAAAUCUGUGCCCGAAACGAUCGUUGCUGGUGCUACUCCAGCCGAUUGGUCCCGCAUUCUCGACAUCGAGCUGGUCAACGACGGAACCGGGCUAGGGUUCGGUAUUAUCGGGGCCCGUACAACAGGUGUUACCGUGAAAACGAUACUAGCCGGUGGUGUGGCUGAUCGCGACGGUAGACUAAAGAGUGGCGAUCAGAUUCUACAGAUCGGUGAUGUUAAUCUGCACGAGAUGGUGUCGGAGCAAGUUGCCUCCGUGCUGCGCCAGUCCGGAACGCACGUACAGCUCGUGGUAGCUCGACCAAUUGAUCCGGCCACUGUAGCUACGAACGAGUACGACCAUUCCGCCAUCGUGCCAACGGUGCUGUUGGCAAACCCUUUGAAACUUAAACAAUAUCUAGCCGAUUCCGGUUUUGGCGAUAUUUAUGGCGUCUACUCGAUCACAAACUUAGACAGCCCUGGGUUGGACAAUCCGUUCGGCAAGGAAAGCCCACUGCCAGACUUCCCCGAAACGGAAGUGUUUACGGUGGAAUUGCGAAAGGAUCAGAAUGGGCUGGGCAUCACGAUUGCCGGGUACGUGUGCGAGAAGGAGGAACUGUCGGGAAUUUUCGUGAAGAGCGUCUCACCGGGCAGUGCGGCCGAUUUGAGCGGCAAGAUACAGGUGAACGAUCGCAUCAUCGAGGUGGACGGUCAGUCGCUGCACGGUUUCUCCAACCAUCAGGCUGUGGACGUGCUGAAACAGAGCGGGCACGUGGUGAAGCUCUGUCUCGAGCGAUAUCUACGCGGUCCGAAGUACGAUCAGCUCCAGCAAGCGAUUGCCGCGAAUGAGAUGAAACCUCCAACACCGGCCACACCACCACCACCGCUCAUUCCAACCGAUCUGUCCAAGUACGGUAGCAACAUUCUCGACAUUUUGCCUCCUCAGGCACUGCAACGCACUCUGGGAACAGAGCACGAGCUUCAGGCGGAGGCUGAGGAAGACUUGGACGAGACGGAAAUUAUCGGCGGGAUGGGUGGUGAUACUUCUACCGUGCUAAUGGCUAGCCACAAAAAACUAUCCCGUGCGAAAGAUUCGAUCGAUACGCAAGAAUAUCGGGAAAAGAUUAAGGAGGCAACGAUCAUCGGUGAUGGAAGCGUGUUGGAAGAACCGAACGUACUGAUGGACGCUACCAACCCGGUGGCAAUUGCACGACAUCAUCAGAAUGCUGCGGUGAAGCUGCGUAGUUCGCUAAAGGGUGCUGCUAGCACGGUGGAAGAAGUUGCCCAGGAGCAGGACCCAGACAGUGCGUACAUCGUGAAGAAGUGGACCAACAUUCUGGGUCCGGAGGUACAGAUCAUAGUGGCAAACAUUCGCAAGUUUGCUGCCUCGAGCGGGUUGGGUAUUUCGCUCGAGGGAACGGUCGAUGUAGAAGGUGGCAAGGAAGUGCGUCCGCAUCACUACAUCCGGUCGAUCUUGCCGGAGGGACCGGUAGGACAGAAUGGACUGUUGCGUUCGGGUGAUGAAUUGCUCGAGGUUAAUGGACAACGACUGCUCGGGAUGAACCAUCUAAAAGUGGUUUCGAUCCUGAAGGAGCUACCACAGGACGUGUGUAUGGUGUGCGCCCGUGGUGAUCCAGACCUGUUGCGCUUUACCGAGGAGCAGCUGAUUAGCUCGCUUGAGCAGGACGCCGCCAAACGCAACACUCAGCACCAUCAUCCCCAAUUGCACGGUAGUUUAACACCUUCGGAGCGUUUGGUUAAAGCCAAAUCGGACGGUAGUUUGGCGACUACGAACGGUACCGGCAUUGGUGGCGGUGCGGGUGGUGUCGGCGUUGGGGAUGGAUUUUCCAAAAUCAAAUCACGCAGCCUCGAACCACUAACGGGACUAGCAAUGUGGAGCUCGGAGCCACAGAUUAUCGAACUCAUCAAGGGAGAACGUGGACUUGGCUUUUCCAUCCUCGACUAUCAAGAUCCGCUCGAUCCGAACGAUACGCUGAUCGUUAUCCGUUCGCUUGUACCGGGUGGUGUGGCACAGCUUGACGGCCGACUCAUACCCGGAGAUCGUUUGCUGUUUGUUAACGAUACGAUCCUCGAGAAUGCUUCGCUCGAUCAAGCAGUGCAGGCACUGAAGGGUGCCCCGAAGGGUGUAGUACGCAUCGGUGUUGCGAAACCAUUGCCGAUGCAGGAUUCCUCCCUUGCCGGACCACCACCGUUCGAUGAGAAGAGUUUGACCGAGAGUGGAAAUGGAGCGAUCGGUUCCGGUAGCGGCAAGAUGCUGUCACUAGCGAAGCCAGAUAUAAUAAUGGAAUGAGGAUGUUUAGUCAUAAGCAGAAAUGAAUAUGAGCGCUUUUCGGAGCUGUACCUCCGGCUGGACGCCCUGCUUGAGUUGAUUGACGGUGCGACCAAUGCCGAACGGUUUGUCGUUUAGUUCGGUACCGGUUCCGAUACCGUCUACCGCCGCCCAACCA